CUAUACCACUAUAAAGGGAACUAUCGUGAUUUAGACAGUUUAAAACAUCACGGAUGCAGAAUACUAAUAAGGCCUAUGCGACAUUUUAACGGGAUACUUUAUUAUAGUUUCAGAUUGCCAAUUCUGUCUGCGCCUUCGUUCUCCAACCUGGUAUCAUACACUAGAAGUAAUAUAGUAAAUGAAAAGGAUCGGCCACUCAUUAGUAUAAUAUGUUAUGUUUGGUAUGGUUACAUAAGACCAAAGGUUACUUACAGGAGUAGUUCACUAUUUUACAACUUGAUGUUAAAUGGUUCCUCACUCUAAAAGUAGUCUAUGGGCCAGGGGAAACUGUAUUCCAUGGUUCAGUUCUUUAAACAGCCACUACAAACUUCAGCUAACUUUAGCCACCACAAGUUAAUCAAUUGAAGUGAUGUGGGUAUGUGAGUCAAAUCGCCUUUAAGUAAUAUAAAACUAGUUGAUUUCCAGUGUUUUGGACAUUCUUAUUUUUUUUAAUAAACAUGCUCAUAUGGCCCCAUCACUUCCAUUGAUUGUUAGCUUGUGGCUAAGGUAAGCUGAAGUUUGUAGUGGCUUUUUAAAUAACUGUACCGUGCAAUCUACUCUCUCGGCCCAUAGACUACUUUCAGGGUGGGGAACCCUCUAACAUCAGUUUUCCUUAAGGCAAAAACAAAAGGAGGGUGAUUGGGUGGGUGUAUAACAUGAAUAUCUAGCAACCCAAAGUUGCGUGUUCAAAUCUCAUCACAGACAACUUUAGUAUUUUAAAUAAUUAGCAGCUUUGGAACUACUUACUACAUUUUUGCAACUACAUAGCAUGUCAGGUUAAAGGGUAAGAUGAGCUAACUCCUAACCUUAACCACAGCAACAACUAAUUGGAAUUCUUAACAUAUCAUACAUAUUGCAAAUUCAUGUCAUACGAAUUGUAAUUUGUAACAUAUACGGUGUCCACCCACUCUGCCCAGAGUUGGUGAAAAUGUGCAUUGGUGAUGACAUUUCACUUCCUUAUGCUAUUAAAUAAAUUUUACCAAGACAAAUAUGGUUCUAAAUCUUUCAGUGGAGUUUUCUCAAACAUAUCACAUUAUAUCGAAAAGUCAGAUUUCAUAACCUAAUACAUCUGCUAAUUAGCACUGAGCUCUAUUGAAAGAGUGGUGGAGUUCUCUCACCCGAAACUUAUGAGGAUUUAACAUUUUGUGGUCAUCGUCAACCAAGUUGUUCCGCGGGUCGCAAAUAGCAUAAUUAGCAUGACACGAGCUGAAUUAAAUUUUAAAAGGCUCUGUUGACAUUUCAGAGAUACCUUUGCUUUUGUAAGAAGUCUUGGAAAAAGAACAAAAAUGUUGCAUUAAUAUGAAGAGCAUAUACUAAAAUAUCAAAAUACAUGUUGUAUCACAAUCUAUAUCUAUCUUACCUCUAUUGAUUUAUGUCAUCCUCAUUUGAGAAGAAAGAUGUUGAGUUCAAUGGUGAGCCUGUCAGGUAACCUUCUUUCUCGGACAGCAUCCAGCCUAGAUGAUGCAAUACUAUUUCUCCGAUUUUUGCCACUUUGUCUCUGGUCUCCUUUGAGUUUAGUCACCCUAUUGUUGACAAUCCUACAAAGGUAAAAACGGCAGUAAGUUUUGAAUGGAUUAUGAUAGAGACAUGAGGUUUGGACCAUUGGUUUCUUAGGCCAUUAUCUACACAAUUAACAUAUUAUUUCACUCAUUGGUCAAAAUAUGUUUUUGAUUGUACACCUUAUAUCAGGGAUCAUCAACUAGAUUCAGCUGCGGGCAGUUUAUUUUUUCUUGAGCAGAUGGUCAGAGGCCAAAACAUAAUUACAAAUCAUUUGUAGAAUGCAAAUUGACCACAAGAAACCAGACCAGAUAUAAUAUUUGAUUGAAACAUAAUAAUUUCAAACCUUGCUUACAUUUAUAUACAAUCAUAUAUGCCUCUUUAUUAUGCGUGGCAAUACAUGAACAGAUUUCCAAACUUAAAAUCAUUAGGAGCUGAUUUCCUGGUGUUUUCAGUCUUAUGUCCAACAAUAAAAAAUCUCAGAAAACUUGGGGGGCCAAAUAAAACCUGGACCGCCAGUUGGGGAACCUGCUCUAUAUCAUACAAAACGUGAUGAUAGAAAUCCACAAAUUAAUACAUACAAUACGAAACGUAACAUAUGCUAAUUUGAACGUCCCCGAUUUUCAUUUACUAUGUUACGUCUACCCCUGAGUCCCACUCACAUGCCAAGAUGUUCCGUUUUUUCUAGAGCGCUUUGGAACUUAUAUUUAACUGCAGGGGGAAUGGGUGGAGGCUAUGGAAAAUAGAAUGAUGGCUUCAGUGGGGAAAUCUAUAGUCGGCAAUAGGCCUAUCAUUUUGUCAUUUGAAUGACUGACUGGCUAGACAGUAGAUAUUUUCUAGAGAAAGUGGAUUAUGGUGUAAUAAAUUAAGCAAAUAUCUGGCUGAUUGUAGAUUUUGAUUACAUGGUAGUUUGUUUUGCAAUCAUUUUGGAGCCACCAAAUUGGCAGAAAUCCAUGGAUUUAAAUGCUUUUUGUGUUUCCUUGUGCUGUAAAUGUUUUCUUUUUGUUGUUCUGCAAUUGCCAUUUAUCCAUAGAUGCCAAGAUGCUACCUAGAGAAAGCAAUAGAGUGAACUUUGGGAUUGUAAUUUGCUGUGCAGUGUCCAGUGUGCACACUUAAUAACAUUUCUCCCCUCAUGUUUUGGUGUGUUGACCCAUCCACAAUUCAGAAAUGUUUCCCUCCAAAUGAAAACAACAAAUGUUUCUUUAUCCAUGACUCAGAAUAAGCCUACAGCACAAACUCACCAAUGGGUAUAGAUUUAUGCUGGGAAUUAGGAACCACUGUAGGGUGCCCUAGCGACAGUCCCUAUGGUGAGACUUGUACAGCUUACUAGAAUCUGUCCUGCAUUACAGCAAAGGCAAUGUAGAUACAGUACCAAGACCACUGUCAGAGCUAGGCUGAUACUCUGCAUAGUAAGAGACGUGGAGACAGUGAUGCACAUUUUGUCAAUGCAUUGCUCUCUCUCUCUCGAUUUUGUUUCACCUUGGACUUGGUUGCCCUGGAAACAAAAUCUACUCAUCCAAUCAGAUCCCUCUUCCCACACGCAUUUGCACAGACCCUUCUCUCUCAUUGUGUGUGCUCCCUCCAAGACUUCUUAUGUGUCACACCGCUGAUGAUAAAACCAGGGAUAGAGCACAAUGGCCAGUCCAGCACCAGCAUGCUGCAAUACCCCUCCAUGUCCAGAUGGGGGAGCGGCGGAGGCCCAAAAGACAAAGCACUUCAUCACGGACGACUGUGAGCUGAGCAAGGAAGAGCUGGAUGGCCUCAUGAGGGAAGGAGAGGAAAGUCGUCCCUUCCUGGUGGUCCAUCAUCUGCUUGAUGUGAAGGAGGCAGGUGUGCCUGUGUUACUGCCUGGGACUCCAGUCAUCUGCAGAGUGGACAGCACCGAGAGAUACACUACGCGCUCCAAGGUCCGUGUGUGCACUCUGUACACUGUGAAGCUGACCCAUGGCAAGUUCACCUGGACGGUUAAAAGGAAGUACAAGCACUUCCAGGAGCUGCACCGUGACCUCUACAAGCACAAGAUGAUGGCCCACUUCCUGCCUCUGGGAAGAUUUGCAGCCCAGAGAGCGCAACUGAGGGCUAUGACAGAGGAGAUGCCAAGUCUACACGGGACUGAGAGGAUGAGACGAACAUCCAGCAAACCGAAAUACCUUGAGGAAUACCUAAACGGCCUUCUGGAGAAUUCCUUUUGUAAGAACUAUCACGGCAUGCUGGAAUUCCUUGAUGUCAGUGCUCUCUCCUUUGUCAGUGAGCUUGGACCCAAAGGCCUGGAGGGUUCCAUCUUCAAAAGGUCAGGAGGUCACCGUAUCCAGGGGUUGAACUGUAUUGGUCAUCACCAGUUCUGCUUUCGCUGGUCAAAGCGCUGGCUGGUGGUCAAGGACACCUUCCUGCUCUAUAUGAACCGGGAAAAUGGGGUCGUCUGCUUCGUACUGGUCUUUGACCCGGAGUUCAAAGUUCAAGUGGGUCGUGCAUAUACUGACACCAAGUAUGGGGUUUGCAUUCAGAACUUCACCAGGAAUCUGGUCAUCAAAUGUAACAGCUACAGACAGGCUCACUGGUGGAGCCAUGAGAUCAAUAGGCUGGCUGAGCCCUGUGAAUUCCUCCAGGUCCAACGCUUUGGGGGCUUUGCCCCGCCACGGGAGAACACACUCACUAAAUGGUAUGUAAAUGGAAGUGGCUACUUUGCAGACCUGGCUGAUGCUCUGGAGCAGGCCAAGGAGGAGAUCUUCAUCACAGACUGGUGGCUCAGCCCAGAGGUUUUCCUGAAGAGGCCAGCUACAGACACAUACUGGCGCCUGGACCAGAUCCUCAAACGCAAAGCAGAACAAGGUGUCAAAGUAUGUGUGCUCCUGUACAAGGAGGUGGAAAUGGCCCUGGGCAUCAACAGUGGCCACAGCAAGAGGACACUGAUGGACAUGCACGCCAACAUCAAGGUGAUGCGACACCCCAACCACAUGUCCGCGGUGGUGUUUCUGUGGGCCCAUCAUGAGAAGAUGGUGGCCAUUGACCAAUCAGUGGCUUUUGUGGGAGGCUUGGACCUGGCCUUUGGGAGGUGGGACGACAGUCAGUACCGGUUGACUGAUACGGAGACAACCAAUCAUAUCUCUGAAGAAGAACCAAAAGCUCCACUGGCUGAGCCAGAAGCAGCUGAUUCGGGUGACCAGGUGGAUGGGUCAGACUUGGCCCAGGAUCCAAAGCCUACAGAGCCAGAGGAGGUCAAGGAGGUCAACCAUGUGGACCUGAAGAACAACACCCAGUUGUGGCUUGGCAAGGACUACAGCAACUUCAUUAGGAAGGACUGGGUCCAACUGGACCGCCCAUUCGAAGACAACAUUGACCGCACUGAGGUGCCCCGUAUGCCGUGGCGUGACUUGUCUGCUGCACUCCACGGCAAAGCUGCCAGGGAUGUGGCCCGCCACUUCAUCCAGCGCUGGAACUUUGCCAAGAUCUUUAAGUACAAGAACAUCCGAGGCAAGUUCUUCCCUUGCCUUCUGCCCAAGUCUCACAGUACUGCUGAUACACUGCCAUUCACUGUGCCUGGCUCCGGGAAGGCCUCUGUGCAGGUGUUGCGUUCUGUGGAUCGCUGGUCAGCCGGCACUUGUGAGAGCUCUAUCCUCAAUGCCUACAUUCAUACCAUCGAGAACAGCGAACACUACAUCUACAUCGAGAACCAGUUCUUCAUCAGCUGUGCUGACGGGAAAAACGUGCACAAUGGCAUUGGUGACGCGAUCGUGAAGAGGAUCCUACGUGCACACAGUGAGCAGAAGAAAUACAGGGUGUUUGUGGUGGUGCCCCUGCUGCCUGGGUUUGAAGGAGACAUCAGUGAGGGAGGUGGGAAUGCCAUCCAAGCUAUACUACACUUCACUUACAGGACCAUGUGCCGUGGAGAGUACUCCAUACUGAUGAGAUUGAGAGAACUUGAGAACCAGUGGAGCAAGUACAUCACCCUGUGUGGCCUGCGCACGCACUCCCAGAUCUCCCAGUCCCUGGUCACAGAGCUCAUCUACGUACACAGCAAGACCCUCAUAGCUGAUGACCGUCGCUACAUCAUCGGCUCGGCCAACAUCAAUGACCGCAGUAUGCUGGGCAGCCGGGACAGUGAGCUGGCUUUGCUGGUGGAGGAUGAGGAGAGGGUCCCCUCCGUAAUGGGAGGAGAGGAGUACCAGGCCGGACCCCUCACUUUAGCACUGCGCAAAGAGUGUUUCAGGGUGCUUUUAGGAGCUGAUUCUGACCCCAAGAUCGAUAUUGAUGACCCAAUCAGCGACCGUUUUUUCUUGUUGGGAUGGAACGCGGCGGCAAAACUGAAUGCUAAGAUUUAUGGCAAGGUCUUCCGCUGCCUCCCCUGCAACUCUGUCCACAGCAUGAGGGAGCUGAAGGAGCAUUCAGGCCUGGAGCGCCUGUGUGACACAGACCCUCAGCAGGCUAAAGAGGAGCUGGAGGCCAUCAGGGGGCUACUGGUCCACUUCCCCCUCAACUUCCUGUCAGAGGAGAGUCUGCUCCCCCCACUGGGCAGCAAAGAGGGCAUGGCUCCUACGGGACUCUGGACAUAAGAGUACCAGGCUACCAGCCACAAGAGCCAGGAUGACACUGAAAUAUCCCAGUAAAGAAGGGGAGCGCUUUAUAGAUUUUAUCAUCUUUGCCAGAUACCACUCCUUUAUUAAUAAAAAGAUUGGAACAAAAUGUAUUCUAAACUGACCUAGCUCAAAAACACUAACUGAUGUAUCUUCGAAGAAUGCAAUUAGAUGCAAGAUAUUUACAUACUGUAGCUGUUGAUACAGAGUGGAUUUUAACUCUGUUAAAACGGUCAAACAUUUCAAAACAAACCAGAUGAUAAUGUAUCCCAGGGUUCCCCAAUUGGCGGCUCACAGGUCAUUUUAUUUGGCCCCCCAUGUUUUCUGAGCAAAUAAAUAAAUAAAAAAUAUAUUUUUUGGGGGACACAAAAGACUGUAAAAACACCAGCAAAUCAGCUCAGUGAUUUUAAUUUUGGAAUCUGUUCCAAGGUAUUCCCACGCAUAAUGGAGAGAUAUCCACAGUGUAUAAAACAUUAGGAACGCCUGCUCUUUCCAUGACAGACUGACCAGGUGAAAGGCAGAUUUAAAGGAGGAUUUUUUAGCCUUGAGACAAUUGAGACAUAGAUUGUGUGUACCAUUCAGAGGAGGAAUGGGCAACUGCCUUUGAACGGGGUAUGAUAGGGGCCAGGUGCACCGGUUUGAGUGUGUCAAGAACAGCAAAGCUGCUGGUUUUUUGAUGUUCAACAGUUUCCUGUGUGUAUCAAUAAUGGCGUCCAGCCAACUUGACACAACUGGGAAGCAUUGGAGUCAACAUGGGCCAGCAUCCCUGUGGAACACUUUCGACACCUUGUAGAGUCCAUGCCCCGAUGAAUUGAGGCUUUUCUGAGGGGCAAAAGGGGGUGCAACUCAAUAUUGGGAAUGUGUUCCUAAUGUUUUGUGCACUCAGUGAAUGUGAUUGUAUACAAAUGUAGGCAAGGUUUAAAUUGAUUAUGUUUUUGUCUAAUGUUAUAUCUGUUUGGGCAUCUUGUGGUCAAUUUGCUGUCUACAAAUGAUUUUGAAUUAUGUUCCGGCCCCCUGAUCAUCCACUCAAGAAAAGAACGGCCCGUGGCUGAAUUUAGUUUAUCCCUGAUGUAUACUAACGCAUUUUAAGCCUUUCCUGUGCUCCAAGUGACUUUGAGACAUGGCUAUUUGAAGGAUUACCACUGUUUUAAUGUCACAUGUACAUUUUUAUAAGGCUGAAUCAUUGCCACACUCAACUAACCAAAUGUGUUUGUUAAUAUAAUACUGAACCUGAGUAUUUCUUUUUUUAAAGGUCUUAGGUACGAGUCUGCCAAUACAUAACAUAACAGGAACAGAAUGCCACUGUAUGAGGCAGGAGGAGGAAUGGAGAUCAGAAGUCAAGAGUCUCAGAUGAUUUAGGAACAUUGCGUACAUUUAUUGUUGCAAGGUUGUGGGUGGAUAGCUCCUCUCUCUCUCUCUCUCAGCCUCUCUCUCCCCCUGCCUCUUUCUCUCUCUGCCUCUCGCUUCCACUCUCCAUGCAGUGCCAGCAAAUUUGUCAGAACAUUUGUGGUUGUUAUGGUGACGGUUAUAAAGAGCUGACUAGAUUGUGGCCGAAAGAGGAAAGGACAGAUGAGCGAUAGUCUGAAUCAGACAGAGGUAUAUGACAAAAUGGAAGACAAGGUGGCCUAGCAAAUUCUGUAAAAGGAGGGUCAUUGGAUUUGCAAGAUAGGCAAUGACAAAAGAGGAAGACCAAGGACCAUGAGGGGCAUGGGGCGAAUAGAGGGGAAUGAGAGAAAUAUAUUCAGGGGGUGCUCCUGGCGUGCUUUAAUUGUUGAGUCUUUUUGUCGUCACCAUGGCAACCAAGUGAAUUAGGGUAGUGGGUUCGAUUCCCGGGACCACCCAUACGUAGAAUGUAUGCACACAUGACUGUAAGUCGCUUUGGAUAAAAGCGUCUGCUAAAUGGCAUAUAUUAUUAUUAUUAUUAUUACCCUGUUGUCAGUGGUCCAGAACAUUCCACUAUAUUUUGAAAAAGGGGAGCAAAGAAAAAAAAUGUUUUUGUAAAGCACAGUUUCUAAUCUUGGAUGGAAUGAGUCAUUUUUUGACAGUUUUAAUCAAGGAAAAGGUGACUAACUGAAAUAGUAACAUUUAUUUAGUGAUACUGCUUAUACCACCACCACUACUACAGGUGCGUUUAGCAACUCGGAUGUGUUUACAUACACUAGCGUUGUUUUCAAUUGCAUUGGGUUGCACAAAAACAGUUGGUGGUAAGCCAGAAGUUAAAUACAAUUCCAUUUCAACUUACUGUGGAUAUGUGUAGGAUAGUUGGUAAUUAUUACAGGGGGAAAUUGAGACAAAAUAUCUAAAGUGUUGUAUUAUUAAACAGACUUUCCAUAUGUGGGUCUGUUGUAGACCCACUUCCUCUCUGCUUACCUCAUGUCAAAAGAAAAGUCCACCACAAAUUAUUCAUUUUUUGUCCACAUAUGGAGCAUGUGCAGGACUUUUUAAUUUUGACAUGAGGUAAGCAGAGAGGAAGUGGGUCUACAACAGACCCACAUUUGGAAAGUCUGUUUAAUAAUACAACACUUUAGAUAUUUUGUCUCAAAUCCCCCCUCUCAUAAUGACCAACUGUCGUGCCCACUGGCACAGUAAGUUGAACUGGAAUUGUAUUUAACUUCUGAAUUCCCACAUACUGUUUCUGUUAAUUAUAUUCACCAUACUACUUUAUGUUGAAAGAAGGGGAGUUGUAGCUCUUUAACAUUUGAAUAACAUUUAUAUGACUUUUAGUAUUUUCUACUUAUUUAUGUACACCUAACUUUCACUGUAUUUUAACAUUUUAAUGUGCAUUAAAUGUAUGUAUGCUUGCAACCUGGACUCAGGGGUAGACGUAACAUAGUAAUCGAAAAUCUGGGAUGCUCAAAUUAGUAUAUUUUACAUUUGGUAUGGAAUGCAUUAAUUUGUGGAUGUCCAUUUCAUAUGUUACGAAUUCCAAGUUGUUGUGGCUAAUGUUAGCUAAGUGGCACUCACCCUCCUUUCAUAUUUGCUUUAUUAAGUUACAUGUCUUAUGUAACCAUAUUAAACAUAACAUAUCCCAUAGGGCUGCGCACAAUUGGUCCCAGCAUCGUCCGGGUUUGGCCGCAAUUGUAAAUAAGAAUUUGUUCUUAACUGAUUUGCCUAGUAAAAUAAAUGUUAAAUUAAAUUUAGAAAAAUAUACCAGUGCAACGAGUGUCCCGGAUUUUCGUUUACUUUGUUACGUCUAGACUACGAGACCAGCCUGAUCACUUAAUUAUUAGAAUAACUAGGGUAUAGUCGAUAGGCUUUUAUUUUUCAAAAUUGUCAUCUGUACGAAUGUAGCUAUCUUUUAACAUUUAAUAAAUAUUUUUACAAGUUGUAAUGUGAACAGUA